GUGGUGGUGGUGGGAGUGAGACUGAAUGCAGGCGAGGCAAAGGCAUGAGCGAUUUCACAACCUGAGUGCCUGCGACAUGACAUAAACAGUAGUGGCGGUAGGCUAGGUCAUAUGGUCCGGGGACGUUGUUACUAAGCCCUCGAGGAAAUUGAUUUCAUUGUCAACAUGACACAGGAGCAGGACUGUGGAUUGCGAACGCGGUGUUGGAGUUAACUUACAGAAACUAGGCAGCAGCCUACCCUGCGGAAGCAUGCCCGUGUGUCAUUCGAUGGGAACGUCAACGGUUUUGUUUCAGACUUGUUUUGACAACUCUCAACUGGGAUCCUUAAGUGUGUCGUGACUUAACAGCAUGGCUGUCACUGUACGAUGUUGAUCGCGCUCAUGGACAGAAAUUAGCAUUUUGUUUUGAACGUGGUGCUGCGUUCAUAAUGUUGUGCGCAGUUAUGUCUUUGAAACCUUUCAAAUCGCGUUGAACGAUUGUUCUCCGACAUAAGGCAGCACAAAAUGUCACUGGGUUAGAAUGCGUAAGGAAGGCGUCUCGUCAGCACCGAAGUGUGUGUAAGCUUUUGCCGUCUGUUGCCUACACUGGUAUUCAGCGUCAACAGGAUUUGCGCGUUCAUCAAACGUGGACAAGAUGAAUCCAGAUUUAGAGGGUGUCACUCUGUCGGUGCCCUCGCCGAGUCCCUCCGUGGAAAUUCAACAUGACAACAGCGGGGGCCUCCUGAAACCCCACGACGACAGUGGCUCCAGCGGUGGCACCGUCAUCCCCGCUGCCGGGACUUUCUGGCAGGACCCCACCGCUCCGAUGAGCCUGAGUCCGACCGUCCUGACCUGCACGUCAGACGGCGGCGGACUAAUGACCACGGGGAAAAGCAAAAGCAGACCCCUCACUGUUGCCUACGUUAUCAACACAGAACUCACUCAGAACUACACGGCCGAGAGCAUGGCCCUCCAGUGCUUGAAAACAGCGUGCGACAUUGUGGGCUGCAAACUGGAAAUUGUGCAUUUUGGGAAACUUGACUUUGGAGAGACCUCAGUGCUUGAUCAGUUUUAUAACGCAGAUUUCGCUGUGGUGGAGAUGACGGAUGCCUUCCGCCAGCCCUCACUCUUCUACCAUCUGGGCGUGAGGGAGAGCUUCAGCAUGGCCAACAACAUCAUCCUCUACUGCGACUCCAACUCCGACUCGCUGCAGUCGCUGCAGGAGAUCAUAUGCCAGAAGAACACUACCUGCACAGCCAACUACAAGUUCAUCCCGUACAUGGUGACGCCGCACAACAAGGUGUACUGCUGCGAGAGCGGCCUGAUGAAGGGCCUGACGGAGCUGAUGCAGCCCAGCUUCGAGGUGCUGCUGGGCCCCAUCUGCCUGCCGCUGGUGGACCGCCUCACCCAGCUGCUCAAGAUCCCCCAGGCCAACUCCUGUCAGUACUUUCGCGAGAUGAUUCUCAACGAGAUCCGCAAAGCGCGGGAGCUCUACACGGGGGUGGAGCUGGCGGCGGAACUGGGAAGGAUUCAACAGCGAUUGGACAACAUGGAGUGCCUGUCAUCUGACAUCGUCAUCAACUUGCUUCUGUCCUAUCGGGACAUUCAGGAUUAUGAGUCCAUUGUGAAGCUGGUGGAGACUCUGGAGAAGCUGCCGACCUUUGACCCUGUGGCGCAUCCCCAUGUGAAGUUCCAUUAUGCCUUCGCCUUGAAUCGGAGGAACUUGCCUGGGGACCGGCAGAAGGCCCUGGACAUCAUGCUUCCCCUGGUGGAGUCGGAGGAGCAGGUGGCGUCCGACAUCUACUGCAUGGUGGGCCGCAUCUACAAGGACAUGUUCCUGGACUCCCACUUCACCGACUCCGAGAGCCGCGACAAGGGAACCCUGUGGUAUAAGAGGGGCUUUGAGUCCGAGCCAACGCUCCACUCAGGGAUCAACUACGCCGUGCUGCUUUUGGCGGCUGGGCAUCAGUUUGACAGUUCCUUUGAGCUGCGCAAAGUCGGCGUGAAGCUGAGCAGCCUCCUGGGGAAGAAGGGCAGCCUGGACAAGCUGCAGAGCUACUGGGACGUGGGCUUCUUCCUGGGCGCCAGCAUCCUGGCCUGCGACAACACGCGCGUCAUCCAUGCCUCCGAGAAGCUCUUCAAACUCAAGGCUCCCAUCUGGUAUUUGCGUUCUCUGGUGGAGACCAUUCUGAUCUACCAGCAGUUCAAAAAGCCCUCAGGGGAGCAGCCUCCACCCAAGCAGGAACUGGUGGACUUCUGGAUGGACUUCCUGGUGGAGGCCACCAAGAAGGAUGUUUCAUCUGUGCGCUUCCCGGUGUUGAUUCUGGAGCCCACCAAGGUGUACCAGCCCGCGUACCUGUCCAUCAACAACGACGUGGAGGACAACACGGUCUCCAUCUGGCACGUGGCCUCCGAUGACAAGGGUAAGGGCAUCCAUGAGUGGAACUUCAGUGCUGCCGCCAUCCGGGGCGUGAGCAUCUCCAAGUUUGAUGAGCGCAGUGCCUUCCUGUACGUGCUGCACAACGCAGACGACUUCCAGAUCUACUUUUGCACCGAGAUGCACUCCAAACGGUUCUGCGACCUGGUGAACAGCCUGGCAGAGGAGGCCUGGAGAGGCCCAGAGGAUGCUGACUGUGAUGCAGAGGCCCUGGAGUACGACUAUGAGUAUGACGAGCACGGAGAGCGGGUGGUUCUGGGUAAAGGGACCUUUGGAGUGGUGUACGCAGGUCGCGACCUGAGCAACCAGGUGCGCCUGGCCAUUAAGGAGAUCCCUGAAAGAGACAGCAGGUACUCCCAACCCCUGCACGAGGAGAUCGCUCUGCACAAACACCUGAAGCACAAGAACAUCGUGCAGUACCUGGGCUCCAUCAGCGAGAACGGCUUCAUCAAGAUCUUUAUGGAGCAGGUGCCUGGAGGCAGCCUCUCGGCUCUGCUACGCUCCAAGUGGGGUCCGCUUAAGAACAACGAGCCCACCAUCGGCUUCUACACCAAACAGAUCCUGGAGGGGCUCAAGUACCUGCACGAUAACCAGAUAGCGCACAGAGACAUCAAGGGUGACAAUGUCCUCAUAAACACCUAUAGUGGUGUUCUGAAGAUCUCAGACUUUGGUACUUCCAAACGUCUGGCUGGAAUCAACCCCUGCACCGAGACGUUUACAGGGACUUUGCAAUACAUGGCUCCCGAGAUCAUAGACAAGGGUCCGAGAGGCUACGGCAAGCCGGCGGACAUCUGGUCCUUGGGCUGCACCAUCAUCGAGAUGGCCACAGGCAAACCUCCCUUUUACGAGCUGGGGGAGCCGCAGGCGGCCAUGUUCAAGGUGGGCAUGUUUAAGAUCCACCCUGAGAUCCCCGAGUCCAUGUCCACUGAAGCGAAGGCCUUCAUCCUACGCUGCUUUGAGCCCGAUCCAGACCGAAGGGCCACAGCAAAUGACCUGCUGACCGACGAGUUCCUCACCGUCACAAGCCGCAAGAAACGUGGCAAGAGUGGCUUCACAGCACUGACCCCUGGCACAGAGUAUCUGCGCAGCAUCUCUCUGCCCGUUCCCGUGGUGGUGGAGGACACCAGCAGCAGCAGCGAGUACGGCUCCGUCUCCCCUGACAACGAGCUCACCGCCAACCCCUUCAGCUUCAAGCCCAGCCUCAAGUGUUACAGCGAGCGGGAGGUCAAGGGCACCCGCUCCCUCUUCCUCAGCAUCCCCGUGGAGAACUUUGAGGACCACAGCGCCCCCCCGUCCCCGGAGGAGAAGGACUCGGGCUUCUUCAUGCUGCGCAAGGACAGCGAGCGGAGGGCCACGCUGCACCGCAUCCUGACGGAGGACCGGGACAAGGUGGUGGCCAACAUCAUGGAAACCCUCACGCAGGGCUCAGAAGAGACCAAGCUGAAGCACCAGCACAUCUCCACGCUGGUGGUGAGCCUGGGCGACUUUGUGCGCAUGGCUGACCGCAAGAUCAUCGCUAACACACUCUCGCAGCUCAAGCUUGAGCUGGACUUCGAGAGCACGGCCAUCAGCCAGCUACAGGUGGUGCUCUUCGGCUUCCAGGACGCGGUAAACAAAGUCCUGCGCAACCAUAACAUCAAGCCUCACUGGAUGUUCGCCCUGGACAACAUCAUCCGCAAAGCCGUGCAGACGGCCAUCACCAUUCUGGUGCCAGAGCUCCGACCUCACUUCAGCUUGGCCUCGGAGAGCGACCCCACUGACCAGGACGACGUGGACGAGGAGGCGGAGCCUGAGGACACGCCCACCCGCAAGCAGCGGCCCGAGCCGCGGGCCAAUCACCACGACGACACGGUGGCCACGUCCGGCGUGAGCACGCUCAGCUCCACGGUGUCGCACGAGUCGCACAACGCACAGCGCUCCGUCAGCAUGGAGCUGGGCCGCAUGAAACUAGAGACCAACAGGCUGCUGGAGGAACUGCUGGAGAAGGAGAGAGAGUAUCAGUCCAUCUUGCAGCAGGUUCUGGAGGAGAGAGACCAGGAGAUUAGACUCCUUCGAUCACGGUCACAACCCAUCGACAUCCCCAUGUCGUCAGGAAGGCAGAGGACCUCCUGCAUGCCGGACUCCGAAGACUCCGAGCUGGCCGAGUGGCUCCGACUACACGGGGCAGACCCAGAUGCCGUAGAGCGGAUCACUGCAGAGGACUACACUCUGGAUGACCUGCUUUAUUACGUAACGAGGGAGGACCUGAAGAGUUUGCGAUUACGAGGAGGGAUCCUGUGUCGACUGUGGAAAGCCAUCUCAGAGCACAGAGAGAAGCCAUCUUGAGAGCGGGUGGAGGAAAGCCUCACAACAAACCCAAUCGUUCAGCAGUAUUCCCUUUUACCCACAACACUGCACUUUACACCCAGUGUUUGAAUCAAAGACCAAAAUCUGUCACUCAGGCCCCGAAAAAAAGUCCACUGAGCUCGCUGAGUUUACUUCACGACAGGGUUUAGGGGCUUCGUCAGGAACUGUUACAGAGACUACAGUACAUGUCCGGGCCUGAUCCUAGCACCGCCUCGUUCAGCGCCACUAAGAUUUUUUUUUUUUACGUUUCCUCCUACGAUUUCAGUGUUGCCUCUUUCAAACUGAAAUAAAAACUAUUCUAUUUUUUAAAAUGUUUUUUUUAUUAUUAUUAUUAUUUAAAAUAUUCUUUAUUUUCCAAGAAAACAAACAAUUCUCAGAGGGUGUUUAUGACCGCACUCGUUGCUUUGCGUUGGAAGUGUAACCUCCCUAGCAGGCCAGGAGCAGAACCGAGCUAUUGAGCUAAUUAUCAUAGAUUACACAGAGAAGAUGGAUGCCCAGCAUAUUGACAGCCCACUUGCUGCAACCUACAGUACUUGUGCUGCAUAUCUCUGUAUUUUCAGAGAUACCACUGGCAUGGCUCUGGCAGAAGAAUACCAACGUUUAAAAAUGACCUUUAAUGUAAAACUGUGCACAUUGCUACUGCUGAGAUGUGAAUGGCUAACAUCGGUGCAUACUGUACGUGCAGGUGUGUGUGCACUAUAGUGGCAGUCCAUUGGCCACAGAGAGGGCACUUCUUUGACCGCCCAUUUGCAUUUAAACGCUAUACUGCCAGUGUGGUCAAAGGGCAAUAUGUCUGAAGACAUGCUGUGAACAGAACCUGAAAAACAUAUCAGGCCGCUUCUUGCAUGCUCCAGUGAAUUGGUCAUAGACACCCAAUGAAGGUAUAGUAUUGAAGUUAUUACGUUAUUUUUUUUCUGUGUAUGUUCAAUGUUUGGCCAUUUUGUUUACAAAACCUGAGACUGACCAUAACUUACCUGAGAUCCGCGGCUUUGCCAUCCCCUUCUUUUGUUUGAAUUCGCCAUCUUUCUUUCUUUUUUUUUGUUGAGGUGUACUCACGUGGAGUUGCAGCCUGUACAUACUGUAGACUGCGUAGUCCUGCAUUUUUAAACCAUCACUACUCUAUUUAAAUGCAUAGAUCUUAUCCUGUCCAAUGUGUUGCAGUUGCGUGUUUUUAACCAAUUCCAGCUUUGUGCACAACACAAGCUGCAGACACUGAAAAAAACAAAACAAUUGUUUGUUGGCUUUAUUUGUUUAAGUCGAUUAUGCAUAAUGCCACUGUCCUGUAUAUUUUCUACUUUGUCUCAUUAUUGAGGGGAAAUGUAGAGUAUCAUUCUAAAUCAUAGUUAAGGACAGUCUGUUUGUGUGAGUUGAGGGUGACAUACAGUAUGUUAUAUAUGCAGUCAAAACUGUACAUACAUGUCUGCUUCUGUCAACACUUACAGUAAUAUGGAACAAGCUAUCUGUUGCUCUGUGUUAAUAUUAUAUUUAAAUUCUCACAAAGGAGUUGGAAAUGUAUUGACAAACUUUUGUUUGUAUAUAGCAUUUCUAAGUGAUGUAUUUUAUUUCUCUUUGUAAAUCUUUAUUUUGGAAUACUUGCUUCUUCCAUUGCUUUAACUCAUAACAUUGCAUGUUUCCACUGACAUCACAACACAGACCUAUUUGCAUAGAGUAGAUGUUUUUCACUAAACCUUAAUUUUAUAUUUAAAAAAAAUAAUUGUUUAUAUUAAAUAUGAACUAUUAAUGUGUGCGCAUUUUUCCUCAACAUAUUUAGUUAUGCUAAACUAAUGAGAUUAUUUGUGUACAUAAUAUUUGUUUUCAUGACUGUCUAAAAGAAAUUAAAGUUGGAAA